AUGUAAACCUCGCUAUUUCAAGAAAUCGAAGAGUUCACUUAAUGCUCGAAUUGGAUUGAAAAAUAAGACUCUGCUGGUUCUUCUAAUAAUGAUCUUUUCCUAUUUGGUUAUAAAUCGAAGCUCCUCUUUUCAACAGAAACAGAUUCCUCCUCCACUGAAUAGUUCGAGGCGUUUUCUGCCAUUUUUAACCAAGCUCCAGAGAAAUGCUCAAAUGAAAACGAGAACACUCAAAAUUAGUUCAAUAUUUCGCUCCAAACUAUUGUCAAUGAUAAACGAACUACCUUAAUGAUUAGAAACAUUCCCAGUAAUUAUACUGUGAAAAGAUUGCAAAAUGAGAUAGAUUUCAAAUUUUCAUCGAAAUAUGAUUAUCUAAAUAUACCUUGUCAUUUGGAAGGAGGUUUUGCUUUUAUUAAUUUGAAAAACAAAAAAUUUCUGCAUGAAUUUUUCAUAGCCUUCAACAAUCGACCUUGGAACUUCAAUAAAAAUUAGUGUUGCGUAUUAAAAUAUGCAAAAGUAUAAUAUAAUGAGAAUCAAAUGAAAUAUCAAAAGAAGAUAGGCCCAGAUAUCUAUUCAAACUAAAAAAAAGUAAUUGAUUUGAUUCAGAAUCAAAAAAAUGAGUUAAAAUUAUGA